AUGACGAGGAAGCACGCGGGCACCGGCGUCCUCCGCGCCCUCGUCGCCGUCGCGGCCUCCGUCGCGUCCGCCUCGUCCCGGACGCCCCCGAGGCGCGCCGCGCCCUACCUCGCCGUCCUCCUCCGCCGGGGCCGCGCCGAGGCCGCGGCGCGCCUCAACCGCCACCUCCGCCUGCUGCCUCUCCCGGAGUCCCCCGCCCUCCUCUCGGCGCUCCCCUCCGUCCGCGACGCCGUCUCCUACAACACCGUCCUCGCCGCGCUCUGCCGCCAGGGCUGCCUCGACGCCGCGCUCUUCCUCCUCCGCGUCAUGUCGCACGAGCCCCGCCUCGCCUGCCGCCCCAACGCCAUCUCCUACACCACCCUCAUGCGCGCGCUCUGCGCCGACCGUCGCGCGGGCCAGGCCGUCGGGCUGCUUCGGUCCAUGCAGGACUGCGGCGUCCGCCCCGACGUGGUCACCUACGGCACGCUCAUCCGUGGGCUGUGCGACGCCGCGGACGUUGACAAGGCCGUGGAGCUGCUGAAUGAGAUGUGCGAUAGUGGUAUCGAGCCCAACGUGGUUGUGUACAGUUCUUUACUCCAUGGGUACUGCAAGACCGGGAGGUGGGAAAGCGUAGGCAAGGUGUUCGAAGAAAUGUCUGACAAGGGUAUUGAGCCCGAUGUUGUGAUGUACACUAGUUUGAUCGAUAGCCUGUGUAGACACGGGAAGGUAACAAAGGCAGCGCGGGUGAUGGAAAUGAUGGCGGAGCGGGGGUUGGAGCCAAACGUGGUGACCUACAAUGUGCUGAUCAAUUCCAUGUGCAAGGAAGGGUCUGUGAGGGAGGCGCUCGAUUUGCGGAUGAAUAUGCUGGAGAAGGGCGUGCAACCAGAUGUUGUGACAUAUAACACACUCAUCACAGGGCUAUCUAGUGUGCUUGAGAUGGAUGAGGUGAUGGCGUUGCUAGAGGAGAUGAUGCAAGGUGAAACUAAAGUUAGGCCUGACUUGAUGACAUUCAACUCGGUUAUACAUGGACUUUGUAAGAUUGGUUGGAUGCGGCAAGCGUUUGAGGUCCGUGCCAUGAUGGCUGAGAAUGGAUGCAGGUGUAACUUGGUGACAUUUAACCUGCUAAUUGGUGGACUCCUUAGAGUCCACAAGGUAAAGAAGGCCAUGAAGCUGAAGGAUGAGAUGGCUAGUUCUGGACUGCAGCCUGAUUCGUUCACCUAUAGCAUAUUGAUAAAUGGCUUCUGUAAAAUGCGGCAAGUUGAACGUGCGGAAAGCCUCUUGUCUGAAAUGAGACGUCAAGGGAUGGAGCCUGAGCCAGUUCACUAUAUUCCUUUGCUUAAAGCUAUGUGUGAUCAAGGCAUGAUGGGGCAGGCUAGGGAUUUGUUCAAUGAAAUGUAUAUGAACUGCAAAUUAGAUGCUGCUGCAUAUAGCACUAUGGUCCAUGGUGCUUUCAAAUCAGGGGAGAAGAAAAUUGCAGAAGAGUUUCUUAAAGAUAUGAUUGAUGAGGGACUGAUUCCUGAUGCUGUGACAUAUUCUAUCCCAAUCAACAUGUUUGCAAAAUCUGGAGACCUGGCAGCGGCGGAGCGGGUGCUUAAACAGAUGAAAGCAAGUGGCUUUGUGCCUGACGUUGCUGUAUUUGAUUCACUGAUCCAAGGUUAUGGAGCUGAAGGCGACACCGAGAAGGUUCUUGAGUUAACUCGUGAAAUGACAGCCAAGGGUGUAGCACUUGAUCCUAAAAUUAUUUCAACUAUUGUCACUUCUCUUGGGGCAAGCAUUGAAGGGCAAGAGUUAUUGCAGAGCUUGCCUGGUUUUGAUAAAGAAAUAUCAAAAGGCGAUGCCAUUUUGCCCCAUGAUGUAAUGAAUAUGCUACAAAAACAAUGCACCAAACCUGAAUCCCCUGCUCCUUGCUGA